AUGAUGAAGCAGCUUGUAGCUCAAACACAAGUAACGCAGCAGCAAAAUCAAAGAAUUCAGAGUGAGAUGCAGAAAUCUAUUCAUGAGCUUGAGCGUCAAAUGGGACAGAUGGCUAUGAUGGAGAAUGUCAGACCACAUGGUGCUCUUCCUAGUGAUACUAAGAAGAAUCCAAAGGAGUGCAAGGCAGUCACAUUGAGGAAUGGCAGAGAACUUGAAGAAGUACACAUCAACAUUCAUUUGGAGGAGCUUUUGCAAGAAAUUUCAAAAUAUGCUAAGUAUAUCAAAGAUUUGGUUGUGAACAAAAGGCAUUGGACAGAGUUUAAGAAUGUUGCACUUACUGAGGAGUGCAGUUCUAGAGUGAGGUAUAAAAUUCCUCCAAAGUUAAAAGAUCCGAGUAGCUUCAUGAUUUCGAUUACUAUUGGCAACAAUGAAGUUGGGCUAGCAUUGUGUGACUUAGGUGCUAGUAUUAAUUUGAUGCCUACUUCUGUGUUUCGAACGUUGGGCUUGGGUAAGCCUAGGCUAACGACUAUUACUUUGCAGCUAGCUGAUCGAUCUCUGGCUUAUCCUGAAGGUAUUAUUGAGGAUGUUCUUAUGAAGGUAGGCCCGUUUAUUUUGUCGGUUGAUUUUGUCAUACUUGAUUAUGAGGCAGAUAGGAGUGUUCCUCUCAUCAUGGGAAGAGGAUUUUUGGCUAUUGUUGAUGAUGUGAUCCGAAUUAGAGAUGGGAAGAUAUCUAUGACAGUUGAUGGACAAGAGGUGACUUUUGAAGUGUUUAAAGCUACCAAGCUUCUAGCCCAUUAUAAGGAAUUGAAGAUGAUUACAGUGGUGGAGCCCGAGCUCACUAAUGCAGAGUUAGAUCACUUCUUUGCUUCGCGAGAUCCUUUGGAGACAGCUUUGAUGUAUGGGGAAGACUUGAUGGUUGAUGCAGAAGUCGAGAAGUGUCUUGGCAUCCUUGACACUUUAUCUGCUUAUUUGCGAGCAAACACACCAUUUGAGGAGUUAGACAUAUCAGAACCGUGGAAGAAGCCGAAGCCAUCUAUCAAAGAGGCUCCACUUCUUGAGGUGAAGCCAUUACCUUCUCAUUUUCGCUAUGCUUUCUUGGAGGAGGACAACAAACCCAGUGUUGAAUGCCAGAGACGAUUGGACCCAAUUAUAAAGGAGGUGGUGAAGAAAGAGGUAAUCAAGUGGCUUGACAGUUGCAUUAUUUAUCCCAUCUCUGACAGCAAAUGGAUCAUUAUUGCACCAGAGGAUCAAGAUAUGACCACAUUCACGUGUCCAUAUGGCAUGUUUGCAUUCCGGAGGAUGCCUUUCAGUUUGUGCAGUGCUCCAGGUACUUUCCAGGGAUGCAUGAUGGCUAUUUUCACCGAUAUGGUGAAAAACUAUGUGGAGGUAUUUAUAGAUGACUUCUCUAUUUUUGGGGACUCUUUUGAUGAUUGCUUGAACCAUCUUGAUGCCAUGUUAGCUCGUUGUGAAGAAAUGAACUUGCUCUUAGAAAAAGAUGUGAAGUUUGUGUUCAAUGAAGCCUGUCUGGCGACUUCUGAUAAGUUGAAGAAGAGAAAAGGGACAAGAUAUUUCAUCCCAUAUAUUAUGCCAAAGAAGACACUUGAUGCAGCCCAGAUGAACUACACGGUUACAGAGAAGGAGUUAUUGGCGGUAGUCUACGCUUUUGACAAAUUUCGAUCAUAUCUUGUGGGCACAAAAGUAAUUGUUUAUACUGAUCACACUGCAGUUCGAUAUUUGUUUGUGAAGAAGGAUGCAAAGACGAGGCCUAUUCGUUGGUCAGUUGAGGUGCCAUGGUAUGUAGACAUGGUGAAUUUUAUAGUGAGUGAUAUUGAUCCCCCUAGUGCUAAUCACGAGAAAAAAAAGCGAAUUUUGUAUGAUAGUCGUUUCUAUGUAUGGGAUGAGCCCUAUCUCUAUAGGUUUGGCACAGAUCAGCUGAUUAGAAGGUGUAUUCCAGAGAAAGAGGUCCCCGCGAUUCUUGAGAAGUGUCACUUGUCACCCUAUAGUGGACAUCACGCCGGUGACAGAACAGCUGCGAAGGGCAUCUUGGAGAUUAAACUAUUUGAUGUGUGGGGUAUCGACUUUAUGGGGCCCUUCAUACCGUCCCAAGGGAAUAGGCACAUAUUGGUUGCUGUAGAUUAUGUCUCGAAGUGGGUGGAAGCCAUUACACUCCCCACCAAUAAUGCUAGUGUGGUAGCAAGAUUUCUGAAGAAGAAUAUAUUCAUGAGUUUUGGAACCCCGAGGGCCAUCAUCAGCGAUCAAGGUACGCACUUUUGCAACCGAUUCUUUGAUAAAUUGUUACUCAAGUAUGGGGUGAAACACAAAGUAGCGACGACUUAUCAUCCUCAGAUGAGUGGUCAAGUGGAGGUAUCGAAUGGAGAAAUUACCAGAAUCUCGGAGAAGACUGUGAGCGUGAGUAGGAAAGAUUGGUCAUUAAAACUCGAUGAUGCUAUGUGGGCAUACAGAACAGCCUACAAAACUCCCAUUAGCACAUCUCCUUAUAAGCUCAUCUUUGGUAAGGCAUGUCAUCUACCAAUUGAGCUUCAGCAUAGAGCGUAUUAG